AUGAUUAUCGGGUCUUUCAACAUCAGAGGGGGUUGCAGCUACGUAAAGAGAAGAAGGAUUCAUCAGAUUAUUAUUAAUGGGAAGGCGAACGUGUUUCUCCUCCAGGAAACAAAAUUGAAAUCGUGUUCUGACCUUAUAGCGAAAAGUUUCUGGCGCGAAGUCGGCAUCGAUUACUCUGUGUCCGAUUCAGAAGGUAUGUCUGGCGGUUUAAUCAUUUUGUGGAAUGCUUCGAAAUUGAAUGUAGUCUGCAGUUUUAGGGGUGCUGGUUUUUUGGGUAUCAAAGUUAUUUGGAUGGAUAGAGUGUUCUAUAUUUGCAACGUAUACUCCCCUUGCAAUCUUUCUCUUAAGCGUGUUCUCUGGAGAAAUUUGCUGGAUUUAAAAGACAAUUUUAAUGAUGGUGAAUGGCUAUUAGGUGGAGAUUUUAAUUCUGUUAAAAAUGGAGGGGAAAGGAAAGGUAGGCCAGUGGUGGAUAAUCAAGUAGAGUGGGAUGAAUUUACAGGAUUCAUUAAUGAUAUAGGGUUGGAGGAUGUGUCGUGCAAAGGUAAGAAAUUCAGUUGGUUCAGUAGUGACGGAAGGUCGAAAAGUCAGAUAGAUCGCUUCUUGGUGUCUAGCAAUAUAGUUAAUUGGUGGGGAGUAGUAGGGCAACAAAUUGGAGAUAGAGAUGUCUCCGACCAUUGUCCCAUUUGGAUUGUGGUGGAUAAAAUGGACUGGGGACCGAAACCGUUCAAAUUCAAUAACGAAUGGUUUCAACAUAAGGAUUUUAUUGGAUUUGUAGAGAAGGAAUGGAACGGUUUGGACGUUCAUGGGCAUGGAGACUUUGUGUUGAAGGAGAAGUUGAGACUUCUCAAAAACAAAUUGAGAUGGUGGAACACUACUGUUUUUGGCAAAAUUAAUUUAGAGUUGGAGGAAGGUGUCAAGGAGAUUAAUGCCAUCGAUAAUCACCCUUCGAAUGAGGAGGUGGAGUCGGGGGAUAGAUGGAGGGCGAAUAGGAAGUUUUGGACGAAUCUUAAAAUUAGGGAGAACAUGUUGAUUCAAAAGGCGAGACUAAAGUGGUUAAAUGACGGAGACGAUAAUAGUAGAUAUUUCCAUGCGAUCAUGAAGAGGGGAUUGAGGCAUUAUUAUCUUGGUCAUAUUUCUACGGCAAGAGGGAUCCUUGGUGAGGUGGAGGAAGUUAAGGAGGAGAUUUUUGAACACUUUGAGUCUAAAUUCAAGGAGAGCGAGGCGUCUAGACCGGUUUUGGAAGGAGAUAUUUUCAACAAGCUUAGCAUUGAAGAUAUGAAUUCUCUCGAAUUACCCUUCGAGGAAAUUGAAAUAAAACAAGCGGUGUGGAGUUGUGACGGGGGAAAAAGUCUGGGACCGGAUGGUUACUCUAUUCUUUUCUUUAAGAAGUGUUGGGAGUUUGUUAAAUCGGAUGUCAUUUCUUGCUUUAGGGAAUUUCACUCGGGGACCUUUUUAUCUAAAUCAAUAACCUCAUCUUUCUUGGGUUUGAUCCCUAAGUCUAACAAUCUGUUAGGUUUAUAA